GCCUUUAGUUCUCUUGCGACAGAACACAACUGUUGGACAUAGAAGGGGUUUUUCAACUUUCUUAUCCAUCGAAUUAGGAUGACCUCUAACAGAGUUUGUCCAUUGGCUUUGGCAGCAAUUUUAACUUUUGCUUAUUUUGAAACUGUCUCUGCUGGAGGCAGCUGCCAGAGUUACGGACAUUCAUGCCUUGGAGGGCACGGGAAAAGAAACAAUGAGCAACUUUCUGCACUACAAUUGCUUCUCCAGCAAGCCCUGAAGGGGAGGGACCAAUAUCCUCUUUAUGACUACAGAUUGCCAGAACGAGAUACUUACGACAUAUUAAGAAGUUUCACCGACUUGAAAGUGCUGGAGGACAAAACAGUAAACAAAAAUGAAUAAAUUAAUAAUACAUUGUGUAAAACAUAAAAUACGGAGUUUCUGAGGCAAUGAAUAAAAAUACUUUUUAUGAAAAUAAAGAGGCAAUAAAUUGAAAAUAAA